UGAUGACGUCAAAUACGCGCGGCGUGCUGUGAGUUCGCCGCUGCAGGUCCUCGUCUGGAUCCCGGCUUUUGAGUUUAAGCAGAGGUGUGCCGUGCUGUUGGCCGGGAUGUUUCAGCCUGUUGGCUCUGCCGAAGAGGAAGAGGAGCAGGCGGAGGAGGAUUGUCCUGAAUUGGUCCCCAUUGAGGCGAAGCAAAGAGAGGAGGAGGAAAAUUCUAACCCCGGCGCUAAGAUCCCAGUCACAAUUAUCACCGGGUAUUUAGGUGCUGGGAAGACAACACUUCUGAACUAUAUUUUGACAGAGCAACAUAAUAAAAGAGUAGCAGUGAUUUUAAACGAAUUUGGGGAAGGAAGUGCAGUGGAGAAAUCCUUAGCUGUCAGCCAAGGUGGAGAACUCUACGAAGAAUGGCUAGAACUUCGAAACGGUUGCCUCUGCUGUUCCGUAAAGGAUAAUGGCCUUAGGGCUAUUGAGAAUUUGAUGCAGAAGAAGGGAAAAUUUGAUUACAUAUUAUUAGAGACCACUGGAUUAGCAGAUCCUGGUGCUGUAGCUUCUAUGUUUUGGGUUGAUGCUGAAUUAGGGGUUGAUAUUUAUCUUGAUGGUAUCAUAACUGUUGUGGAUUCAAAAUAUGGACUAAAGCAUUUAGCAGAAGAAAAACCUGAUGGACUUAUCAAUGAAGCUUCUAGGCAAGUUGCUUUGGCGGAUAUCAUCAUCAUCAAUAAAACAGACUUGGUUACAGAAGAGGAUUUAAACAAAUUAAGAACAACUAUUAGAUCAAUAAAUGGACUGGGAAAAAUUUUAGAAACACAAAGAUCAAGAGUUGAUCUCUCAAAUGUAUUAGAUCUUCAUGCCUUUGACAGUCUCUCUGGAGUAAGUUUGCAGAAAAAACUUCAACAUGUGCCAGCAACACCACCUCACCUUGAUCAGAGUAUUGUUACAGUCACAUUUGAAGUACCAGGAAAUGCAAAGGAAGAAAGUCUAAAUGUAUAUAUUCAGAAUCUCCUGUGGGAAAAGAAUGUGAGAAACAGGGAUGACGACUGCAUGGAGGUCAUACGACUAAAGGGGCUGGUGUCGAUCAAAGACAAACCACAGCAAGUGAUUGUCCAAGGUGUCCAUGAGCUGUAUGAUCUGGAGGAGACUCCAGUGAGCUGGAAAGACGACACUGAGAGAACAAAUCGAUUGGUUCUUAUUGGCAGGAAUUUAGAUAAAGAUAUCCUUCAACAACUAUUUAUAGCUUCUGUGGCUGAAACAGAAAAAUGGUGGACAACACAUUUCAAAGAAGAUCAAGUUUGUCCAUAGAAGCGUUAUCAAAAGGAUUGGAUGAUAAAAUUGGAAAUAAGUUUCCUACUAGAUAUAUUUCCUACUAGAUGUAGGUGUCUGUUCUUUGCAUUACUUCUCUUAUGAAUUUCAGUGUACUUUAGAAUAGUAUUUAUUUUAUAGAAUACAUAAAAUAUAGCAAAUCGGUAUUGUAAAACAUUUGACAUUCACACAAUAAAGUAUCCUCUGAAGUUUGUGUGUGUGUGUGUGUGCACGUGUGUGUGUUUGUGUAGACAGAUGAUUCACCAAAAUGUCUGUCAGAAUUGGCUUUGGAGUUUACAUAGGCUGAAUUUCUCACCCAUGGAAGUUAUUUAUAAUAAUGAUGAUGAAACUUACUUCAACAUUAUCAUUUUCCCUUAGAACUUCAGCUGGUUGCAUGGAUGUAAUUUUAUUGUUAGUAACAAAAGGUUUUUAAAAACAAAUAAUGUCACCAUUUUUUACUGAAGGAAGUAAAAGUUUCAUUGUAAGGACAGACUUAGAAGUGGAAGAAACCUAAGUCAAAGAAAUUAACUGAAACCAUCUCUCAAUCAAAUUCUAAGCCUUACUGGUGGUAGUCAGUGUAAUGGAAUUUCAACCAUUCACUUUGUAAUCUAUUUCAAAGAUUUCAGUUAUAGACCUUUUAAUUUUAGAGUAGGUUUUACUAUUGGUAUUACAUUCAUCUUGGUAUUUUUGAACUUCUUUAAUUUUCAAUGUAAGCUAAAAGUGACAAGAUACAGAAUUUCAGAUGUAACUGCAGGUAAUUUUUGAUGAUUUCAGAAUCUUUAUAUAAAUGGUGUGUAAGUAUACAAUGGGUUACUUUUCUCCCAUUCCUACUACAGGCCAGGUCAGCAUAACUAUAUUCAGAUUGUAAGAGAAAAAAGCAUUGGCUGGAAUUUAAGGAUGAUCUUUCCCAAACUAAUGGUCGUUGAAUAUCAGAAGGCUGUCAAAAUGACUUUUGGAACAUUUUUUCAGAAUUUUAAAUAAAAGAUUUACAUCUGUGUA